AUGUCCUUGUCAAUCUCUUCAGCCUUUAUGCAGCCUCUCCGGACGUUGGAUGCCCUCUCCCUCACAUGUGAAAAUGGCUUGGAUCUACCUCCACCUUCCAUAUUUGUAGCGGUUGCGAUUCAAUCCCUCCAACGCAUUGGGGUUGUAUUAAACGCUGCUCUUUCUCAAUCUUGUACAGAAAAUUGCAUGUUGAAUAAGCCUCCACGUCCGCACGAGGUUCUACAAAUGGUGACAACACUAGUUCCACAUGUGCUCUCGAUGGUCUUGCCACCUAUCCUUCACGCAUAUACAAAGAAGGGAGCGGCUACUGGCUCGAUAACUACGUCCCCCUGGACGACAAUCCUUGAGGGAGACGACUGCUCGCCUCUUUCUUCAACCGUGAUCGGGAACGACCUUUCUGUGAUGUUAAACGCCGUUCUGGGGCAGCUCGUUGAACACAUAUUACUUCGUAUCAUCCAGGCCAUCAACUCGGCAACGCGACUGUACACAAGCAUACUUCUGCCGCUACCAGAUAAGGACAAGGGCCAGACGCACCACAAAAGCAGAACGCAGCCUUCGUCGUCUCAAUCUCAAAGUACUGUCGGCACGCCUUUGGAGCCAUCGGCUCUGCUACAGUGUCUACGUACCAUUCUCGCAGUCUUAGACCACCUAUGUGACGAUGCCGCAACCCAAUUUCCGCAGCAGGUUCACGAGCUCGUUCAUCGAACACAAUCGCUCAAAGACCGCCUGGCAUUGGCGGCUGUGAGCGAGCUAAACGGCCUGUUUUCGGAUCCUGCACCCGAUGAUACAUCAAGCCCGGUGCCCUCUCCUUCCUCCUCUUCCUCUGACUCAGCUUCUGGCUCUCGCCGUCCCUCAGCGUCCAAGGAUCUCAGGAAUUUGCGCGAAGCGCGUGCUCGUCGACUUGCACGGAAGGAUGCGGUGCACUUCCUGUGCGCUUCUUUUUCUCUGUGUCUGCAACCUUGGGCGGGCUCGACUACGCGCAUGUCCGAUACAAUUCUUCGAGCAGCAUUGGGCGGGGCACUGGGCAACCUCAUCAAAACUCGCCUAGGUGGACCGAGACUCGGAGUAUCAGAAGAUGGCACGUCAUCGAAGCUGGACGAUGUGGAGGAAGGAAUUGUCUUGGCGGCGUUGGAAAUGGCUUGGGGCGAGGGUAUAGUCGUAGAGUGA